CAAACAUGGUUGUAGCAAUUUAUUCAGUUUGCGCUGUGCACAAUGGCUUACAUACACAGGAUUACACUUCAAGUCCCAAUAGGACACCUGAGGCCAGAUGGGCCACCCAGCAGCCCUCCCGCCUGUCGAGCCCCUCCUGCUGUGUGAAGGCGGAGGCCCCGCCACGCCACGCUGCCCCCACGCCCACCGAUCAGCACGCGCCGCAUCUGCCGCUUAGCGCCGCGCAUGCGCGAAGCCGCGGCGCGGGCGGAAGUGUGCUCGGCGCGCUUGCGCAGAGGGUUUCUGCGCGACCCGGCGGAGACCAACAUGGCGUCCUAGGCCCACCGUCCUCAGCGUCAGCGGGCGAGCGACGCGGCCGUCGCCAUCAUGUCCCGGCACAGGAACGUCCGAGGCUACAACUACGACGAAGAUUUUGAAGAUGAUGAUGUGUAUGGCCAGUCAGUAGAAGAUGAUUAUUGCAUUUCUCCUUCUACAGCAGCUCAGUUUAUCUACUCAAGACGAGACAAACCAGCAGCGUUUGCUGAGCCAUUGGAAGAGGAAUAUGAUUAUGAGGAUACAGAAGAUACUGCUGGUUAUUGUACGUCCAAUCAUCAGCUGACUGAAGUUGAUAGAGCUCGUCUUAGUUCAUGCCUUGAUCAAAUGAGAGAAGUUUUGGCAGAGUCUGUACCAGAGCAAGCGAUGGUGCAAGCAGUACUGGAUAGUAAAUUUGAUGUACAGAAGGCUUUGGAUCUUGUGCUUUCACAAGGCAGUAAGCAAAAUGUGAAGAGCAAGGAUGAGGAUGCUAUGAUUGUAAGAAAGACGACAAAAGGAGACUUUCUUUGUUUUCCAGAAUUACUUGCUAAUAAAAACUGUUUCUCUUGUGCAGUAGAAAAUAUUGACAGCACCAGCAAAUCAGAGCUUGGAAACUUGGCAGCCAAAACUGGUUCAGCUUGUUCCUUAACUGCAAAUGACAAAAUGCUCCGUAAUGUAGAAAAAUCUGGUAUAUAUUCAUCUGAAAAGAAAGGAUCCAAACCCUCUUCACUUAUUCUGUCUUCUUCCAGUGAUGAUAUCUGUAUAGGAUCAUUUUAUGAGCCUGUGAAUAAUAAGACAGAGAAUCAGCUAUCAGAAAGUGAUAGUGUAGUAGGUUCUAUUCCUGACAGUGAAGAUGCUUGCUGUAGCAUAGGAGGUAGCCCAUCUGGAAGAUCUUCAUUUAAGAAGUUCAAAUGCAAGGAAACACAGGACUUGGAAUCCUUGCUGAUGCAGAAUGUGGCUUGUGAUUCUGUGAGUCUUAAAGACAGCAUUCCGUCUGUUUCCUCAAAAACGUAUGAUGGCAGUAGUAAUGAAAAUGUUUGCAGUCCUUGCGUAACGAGCGCUUUAGGAGAAUUGGCUCUUGAUGAUGAAGUCAGUCAUACUGCAAAUAGAAAGAAUGAACUCCUUGACAAUUUUUCUUCACUUGUGCAAAGUAGAAAGCAAGAAAGUCCCUCUUCAGAGAUGGCUGCAUUGCCAGUGUUAAGGUCUGGAAGUACAUCAUUGGCUGACUUACUUCAGGAGCACCAGGAAAGCGGUGCAGGCCACUGUUAUUCUUUGGCUGAUCUUUAUACCCAGUCAACAGCAAGUGUCACAGAUGAGAAUUUGGGAACCUCAUCGUUAUCACAGCUAGUAAGUCAACCACAAACUUCAAGCGGUAUGCCAGAGUUAACAGGAUCUUUGUCUUCUCUAGCCCUCUCUACGGUUUCUCCACUAAAGGAGGUUGAGAACUUAACGCUGUCUGAUUUAAUAGCAGAGGCUAUUGAAGUAGAUGACACUCAACAAAAACCAAACUUUUCUGUACUCAGUGUAACUGAAUUGAAGCCCUCUAAAAGAACAAACAUUGAUUUAAGUGUCCUUUUAAAAAAUGCGGAUGCACCUGCAGAACAAAAUGUAAUAGGACAGUCAAAUAUCUUAAUUCCUGAAACAAAAAGUUUAAAAGCAAAGCAGGGAAAAUGUUCUGGCUUAGGUAAAACAAAUAAAAACAGAAGAGGGCUUACUUGUAAGAGGCGGGACUUGUCCCUUUCAUGGAUGAAGGCUCUGCGUGCAAGACCUUCAGCUUUUGCUUUAACUUUAUGUCUCCCUUAUCCUCCAAAAGGUUUUAAGCGACGCACAAUUGGUAUGCAUAAAGCUUUCCUGUACAGUAGACAAGUACAAGACGUAAAACCUAAGGAAAUUGCUCCUCAAACAACCAUAACACCAUUUGACUUCAAAACAGCAUCUCCUGAUGAUAUUGUAAAAGCUAAUCAACAAAAAGCUUUUACAAGAAAGUAGCACAAAGAAAAGUGAAAGAAUCCAUGCUUUUAUCUUGGUAUGUUGAAAAAAGAAAUAUAUAGGACCUAUUUACAAUCCAGAAUUGAGUUUUUAAAAUUUUUAGUUGAUGUGACAAUUCACACUGUAAGAUUGGUAACAAAUUUGUAUGUGAACUUUUUAGCUGUUGCACUGAAUAUCUUUAUUUUUGCCUAACUUUCACUGACAACUUUUUUAACUUUUAUGAAGUCUUGAACUUUAGUGUGUAGAUAUGGCAUGUCCAACAUCUUAUAAACCUCAUUAGACUUCUUGAAACACCUGUCUAGGGGUGUGUGUAUGUAUAUAUUUCAUGGGGAAGAACACUGAAGUAUUAUUUUUUGAAAUAACUCAGCUUUGCUAUAUAGGGUAUAGUUUGGGGAGUGGGAACCUCAGUUUAGAUUACGGCUGUUUUAUUAAAUGUUCUUAAAGCUAAAUCUCCUGGUAAGGUAUGCUGUUAAACUGCCACUCUUUUAAUUUGUUAUUUCUCCUCAGUGUCGCUAUUUUCUUCUAUCUUUAUUGUACUUAGAAAAUCUUUCAUUUUUAAAAAGCCUCACUAACCUCAGGUUUUGAUUGAAAGCUGUAAUAGGACAUGUAUAGUUUUUAAUAGGACCAAAUUAGUUGGGGAGCAAGCACUUACAUUUAAAAUUGCAUUCCCUUUCUUCCAUUCUCUAGUCAUCUGUCAGAAUGUGAUUUUCAGAAUUUUAGAACAGCUGUUUUGUAGAUACGUAUGUGACACGUUUUUCAAGAGAAAUUUUAGUAGAAUUCUGUUAUUUGUUCUCAAGUCUUUCAGAAAAGCAUUGGAUUAAAUUCUUCUAACUUUAGCACGGGUGUCUUUGCUUAAUGGAAGAAAAUGUUUCAGACAAAACAUAGGUGCUGUUUAUAUCUGCCUCUUGUCUGUUUUGAAGAGAGCUUCCACAGUGGUGUACACGUACUGUUUUCUAUUGUUGCCACCCCAUCUCUGUUAUUUCAGAGCUUUACACUGAAGAUCAGAAUCGGGACAUUUAGGACUGACUUUUUUAGCUGAUAACCGGAUUCUGGUGCCCUUGUUAGUCAAGUUAGUGACUGCGUGUAUCUUUCAAUUUUUCUGUUAGUAUACAUUAAUUUUUUUGAUGUACUUCCAGUGUCAGUGUUUUAGAUCCCGAUCAGCAAUAUGUGCAAUAGAGGUACUGCUGCAACUGAAAAAAUACAUUUGUUCAUAUACUGCAAUACACUUAUUCAUGAUGAACUUGGCAGCUAGUAUAGAACCGCAGAUACAGUUUUAAUCUGUUUUUCAUUUAGCAUGUUAUAUCAAGAAAUCAGACAAAAACUUAAGUUGAUUCCUGACUUCAGGUUGCACUAUAAUUUUGUUUCUAAAUUAAAACAGGAUGCGUUCCAGUGCACUCAGGUAUAAAUUUCAUGUUCUGUAUAUUUUGCUUGUUUGUCUAGUUGAUGCUAGCUUUUGUUUUGUAGGACUGUCAGCAAUUUGACCUCUGACCUCACGAAUGAAAUUCAUGUUUCUAAUUCUUACUAAUAAAAGUUCUAUUUAAUAACAGUGCUGCAGUGUUUACGUUCUAGAUUACAUGUUACAUUUAGUCAUCUGUAUCCUUACUUGUUUCAAGUGCCUUAAAGCAUUGAAGUAUAAGCAAUACAAUCCAGCGUACAUACUGUGUUCUCAUAAGUUCAUGAGCAGGAACAGAAUCGUUGUACUUCCUUUGCCUUUUGGUAGAGGAUCUACCUUUCUUCCUUAAAUUACCAUCCAGGUAGUUUCUUGAGCGUUCUUAGUUGCAUAUGCUUGAGGGAAUUAGAUUGUAGAAGUCUAUACAGAUUGUACAUUAUUUCAUUGAUUAGUUUCAGUAGCAAAUUCUACUUUUUGAACAACAUUAAAUACUUUCUAUAGCUGCCAGUUUCUCUGUAGUUAGUAUUAACUUCUCACUGCUACAAAGUCCAAAUGUAUUUUUCCCACAGGCAAAAUGUCCUAUUUGGAGAAUUUAUUCUUAAAAUUCGCAGUUUGUUUUUUAAUGGUUUGUAUUCUUCUAGUAGAUAGAUUUUAAUUUCGUAUGUAAAGUAAUAGUGGAAAGCUUGCUAAAGGCAUGCCUGGCUAUAUAUUGGAGAUGUUUUUGCUUUCUUACUUUCCAUGUACUCUUGGGGCUCUCAUUAAUGUUCUUAUAGGUAGGGAUUUCUAACGUGUAUUUUCUAAAAUUUUUCUUGGAAUAUUUUUUUUCCUUUAGAUCUUUGUUGUGUUGAACUUUUCAUUGUUGUUGGUCUGUUUUCUCAAUCUCUCAUCUGCUGAUCUUUGCCUGAAAUUUCUUAACAUUUGUAAUAAACUUAGAGCUGAGUACUGGACAUACAUGGAAAUAAAUAUCCAUGGAUUGAUUUGGAAAGCAUGUACAAGAAGUAGGUGGCAACGUGUAGUACUUGGAACAGUUUUGCCAUGGGUUUCAUGCAGAUGAAACUUGGAAUAAGUGACCGAAGCCAAAGGGCAUCAGUAUUAUAUGUUUAUUGGGGUUCUUACUAUGGGAUUGGUACCUUAGUAAACAACUUUGGAUCUUGGUAGCUUUGGUAGCUACAUUUUCAUGUAUAUAUAUUUUUUUCACUUACAUGUAUCUCAGUAUUACCAGUGAUGUUGAAGAAACAAUGCAUGCUGUUCAGUGUAUAAGGAGUGGGGGAGGGAUUUUUCUUCAGUUUGUAAUACUGAGUCCUGAAGUGAGGCUUGAAUUAGUACAGAUAUGCAGGCUGGGCACUACAGAGGUACCUAAAUGAUGAAUAAACCUGAUUUCCAAUUAAUUCUCAGGAAAGGCUAUUUCAACACUUGCAAAAUUUUACUUUUUUUUUUAAACCAAAGGUAAUGUGUUACUGUAUAUGCUUUUCAAAUGGAUAAGGUAUAUUAAUACGUUCCUUCAUUGCUCCUUAAUUUGUCCUUAAUUUCUUUAAUCUAAUUAAUGAGAACCAGGUUUAAAUCCAUCACUGAUGAAAGAAUUGUCUUAGAAUACUCCAUAAAUAUAAUGGUAUAUGGCAUUUUUGUAUAACAACUCUGCUUCUGCCUGUUUUAUGCUUAAAAUAAUCUUGUUUUAUUGGUGUGUAUGUAUAAUUUUUCCCCUCAAAUUGCAGCUACUGUGUAUUUUUGUCUAAUAUGGGUUAGUUGUAUUAUUUGUUUUGGAGUACACAUUAACAUUGUAAAGUACUUGUGUCUGUGUUGACAUAUAGACAUAUAAAAGGUAAUGUCAAGCUACAUAGACGUAUGGCUUUUGGUAUUUGGACUGUAUAUUCCUAAGGUAUUACAUACAUUAAAUUUAUUUUGCACAUUA